AUGCUACCACAAUUCCUAUUGUUAUUGCUAUAUUUGACAGUUUCGACUGCAAAAACGAUUACCGGUGUUUUCAAUAGUUUUGACUCAUUGACAUGGACUAGAUCCGUUGAAUAUGUUUACAAAGGACCAGAGACUCCAACUUGGACUGCAGUUUUAGGCUGGUCCUUAAAUAGUACCACUGCUGACGCAGGAGACACGUUUACCUUGAUUAUGCCUUGUGUGUUUAAAUUUAUAACUAGCCAAACAUCUGUUGAUUUGACUGCUGAUGGUGUUAGCUAUGCCACUUGUGACUUUAAUGCUGGUGAAGAAUUUACAACAUUUUCUUCCUUAUCAUGUACUGUGAACAGUGUUUCAGUAUCAUAUGAUAAGGCUUCUGGUACGGUCAAAUUGCCCAUUACAUUCAAUGUGGGUGGAACAGGUUCGUCAGUUGAUUUGACAGAUUCCAAAUGUUUUACUGCCGGAAAAAACACUGUGACUUUCAUGGAUGGCGAUACAAAGAUUUCUACCACUGUUGAUUUUGACGCGUCUCCAGUAUCACCCAGUGGUUAUAUUACAAGCUCACGAAUUAUUCCUAGUCUCAAUAAAGCUUCAAGUCUUUUUGUGCUGCCACAAUGUGAAAAUGGUUACACAUCUGGUAUAAUGGGAUUUGUAACUAGUCAGGGUGCCACUAUUGAUUGCUCAAAUAUCAAUAUAGGGAUAUCGAAAGGUUUAAAUGAUUGGAAUUUUCCAGUAAGUUCAGAAUCAUUUACUUACACAAAAACUUGUUCGUCAAGCGGUAUUAUAGUUGAAUACGAAAAUGUUCCUGCUGGGUAUCGUCCUUUUGUUGAUGCAUAUAUUUCUUCAGAAAAUGUUGAGCAAUAUACCUUGACGUACGCAAAUGAGUAUACUUGUAAAAAUGGCAAUACUGUGGUUGAUCCAUUUACUUUAACAUGGUGGGGGUAUAAAAAUUCUGAAGCAGACUCUAACGGGGAUAUAAUCGUAGUUACAACCAAAACUGUUACAGCCAGCACUACAGCCGUGACUACUUUACCUUUCAAUCCAACCGUUGAUAAAACCGAAACAAUUGAAGUUUUGCAACCUAUUCCAACCACCACAAUUACAACUUCAUAUAUUGGUAUUUCCACUUCCUAUGAAACAUUUACCGCAACAAUAGGUGGCACUGCCACAGUCAUUGUCGAUACACCCUAUCAUAUCACUACCACUGUUACAACUUUCUGGACCGGGUCAGUUACAACUACCACUACUUAUAGUAAUCCCACUGGUUCCAUAGACACUGUUAUUGUGCAAAUUCCACUGCCUGAUCCAACUACAACUAUAACUGAAUUUUGGUCUGAAUCAUUUGCUAGUACUACCACUGUUACUAACCCACCUGAUGGUACUAACAGUGUGAUCAUCAAAGAACCAUACAACCCAACUGUUACUACAACUGAAUUUUGGUCUGAAUCAUUUGCUAGCACUACCACCAUCACCAACCCACCUGAUGGUACAAACUCAGUCAUUGUUAAGGAACCAUACAACCCAACUGUGACAACCACUGAAUUUUGGUCUGAAUCAUUUGCUAGUACUACCACUGUUACUAACCCACCAGACGGUACUAACAGUGUGAUCAUCAAAGAACCAUACAACCCAACUGUGACAACUACUGAAUUUUGGUCUGAAUCAUUUGCUAGCACUACCACCAUCACCAACCCACCUGAUGGUACAAACUCAGUCAUUGUUAAGGAACCAUACAACCCAACUGUGACAACCACUGAAUUUUGGUCUGAAUCAUUUGCUAGUACUACCACUGUCACUAACCCACCAGACGGUACUAAUAGUGUGAUCAUCAAAGAACCAUACAACCCAACUGUUACUACAACUGAAUUUUGGUCUGAAUCAUUUGCUAGCACUACCACCAUCACCAACCCACCUGAUGGUACAAACUCAGUCAUUGUUAAGGAACCAUACAACCCAACUGUGACAACCACUGAAUUUUGGUCUGAAUCAUUUGCUAGCACUACCACCAUCACUAACCCACCUGACGGUACAAACUCAGUCAUUGUUAAGGAACCAUACAACCCAACUGUUACUACAACUGAAUUUUGGUCUGAAUCAUUUGCUAGCACUACCACCAUCACCAACCCACCUGAUGGUACAAACUCAGUCAUUGUUAAGGAACCAUACAACCCAACUGUGACAACCACUGAAUUUUGGUCUGAAUCAUUUGCUAGCACUACCACCAUCACCAACCCACCUGAUGGUACAAACUCAGUCAUUGUUAAGGAACCAUACAACCCAACUGUGACAACCACUGAAUUUUGGUCUGAAUCAUUUGCUAGCACUACCACUGUCACCAACCCACCUGAUGGUACAAACUCAGUCAUUGUUAAGGAACCAUACAACCCAACUGUGACAACCACUGAAUUUUGGUCUGAAUCAUUUGCUAGCACUACCACCAUCACCAACCCACCUGAUGGUACAAACUCAGUCAUUGUUAAGGAACCAUACAACCCAACUGUGACAACCACUGAAUUUUGGUCUGAAUCAUUUGCUAGCACUACCACCAUCACCAACCCACCUGAUGGUACAAACUCAGUCAUUGUUAAGGAACCAUACAACCCAACUGUGACAACCACUGAAUUUUGGUCUGAAUCAUUUGCUAGUACUACCACCAUCACUAACCCACCUGAUGGUACUAACAGCGUGAUCAUCAAAGAACCAUACAACCCAACUGUUACUACAACUGAAUUUUGGUCUGAAUCAUUUGCUAGCACUACCACCAUCACCAACCCACCUGACGGUACUAACAGUGUGAUCAUCAAAGAACCAUACAACCCAACUGUUACUACAACUGAAUUUUGGUCUGAGUCAUUUGCUAGUACUACCACUGUCACCAACCCACCUGAUGGUACUAACAGUGUGAUCAUCAAAGAACCAUACAACCCAACUGUGACAACCACUGAAUUUUGGUCUGAAUCAUUUGCUAGUACUACCACUGUCACCAACCCACCUGAUGGUACUAACAGUGUGAUCAUCAAAGAACCAUACAACCCAACUGUGACAACCACUGAAUUUUGGUCUGAAUCAUUUGCUAGUACUACCACUGUUACUAACCCACCAGACGGUACAAACUCAGUCAUUGUUAAGGAACCAUACAACCCAACUGUGACAACCACUGAAUUUUGGUCUGAAUCAUUUGCUAGUACUACCACUGUCACCAACCCACCUGAUGGUACUAACAGUGUGAUCAUCAAAGAACCAUACAACCCAACUGUGACAACCACUGAAUUUUGGUCUGAGUCAUUUGCUAGUACUACACCAAGUGUUUCCAGUUUUGAAUCGAAAACAUUUUACUCAUCAGAAGCACAGUCGAGUUUAGAAAUUGAUUCGAGUAAUACCUUUAUGACGUCGAUUUCAGUUAGCACCGCAUCAUCAUAUGACGAGAGUUCAACCAUUGUUUCAUCUGCAUUCCCAACUUUGCACAUUUCUUCAUACUCUUUGUCAACAAGUUUUGUUCCACCUGUUACACUUCCACGCUAUGUCAACACCACAAUCUCCAGUUCACCAUCCUUUGAAUCGUCAUCUAUGUAUUCAUCAGUCACUAGUGCGGUCACUUCCAUUGAUAAUGAUAGAGAGGUGCCAACUUCAACGACCACCUACUUGCACUCGAAAUUGUAUUCCGAAUCAAUUUCUACUGUUAUUCAAACUAAAUCUUCAGAUUGGUCUUUAUCAUUAGGAAACUCGAACAAGCCAGAGUCUGCUAGUACAGUAUCAGAAGAGAGUUUGCAUUACUUGUCUACUCCAGGACCAUCAUCUAGUGAAUACUCAAUUCUGUUUACAAGUGAAAAGGAAGGUCAUGUUAGUUCCUACGUUCCAAGGGUAUCUUACACGUCGAGUGUUAAAGUUAGCAUUAGCUCUACUAUGUCAUCUGAAAAUGGAAUGAGUGCUACUCACACAUUUGGCAUUUCAACAAAUACAAUUCCUUCAAGUACUGAAACAUCUAUUAAAUCGGCAACUGUCACAACACCAGUUUCUGAAUCCACGAAUACUGGAAUGUCAAUAUUUAUGUCAACAACUACUGAAUCAAAAACAACUGACAUUACCACUGAAACAUCUGUUUCUGGGGAAGUGAACUUGGGAUCAGCAACCGUUAAAGUUUCAUCAUCAGAAUUUAUUAGUAAAGGAACGGUUACUAGAAUAAUGCCUACUGAACUUACAAAUUCCGAAUCAACAUUUACUGCGUCACCAUCUUUCGUGUUGACAAGUACUGAAUCAAGCGUUAUUGAAACACCAGCUACGAUAGAAAUGAGUUCCAGAUCAUCAUCUUAUAGUGUGCCAUUGUCAAAAUUACGAAGUGAAGGAGAAACUACCAGAGUAAUACCUACUAGCUCAACAGCUACUGGAUCUACUGUCAUUGGAUCACCAUCAUCUGUAUCGACAAGUAAUGAAUCGAUAAUUACUGGAUCUUCAUCAUUUGUGUCUACAACUGCUGAAACAAUUUCCACUAGAUCCAUAGUUACUGAAUCAAUUGUUGCUGGAUCCCCAUCAUUAGUAUUGACAACUACCGUUUUGGACACAACUGAAACAACAAUUACAGAAACAUCAAUUGUCGGUGAACUGAGCUCCAGAUCAUUAACUUUCAAAGCCUCAUCACUAAGCAAAGGAGAAAUUACUGGAACUGUAACACCAGAAAUGUCAGUUUCAACUAGCAAAGCAACUACUGGCACGACUUCUGAAGUAUCUAUUAAAGAGUCAUUAACCACAAAAGUUCCUACUUUUACAUCAACAACAAUUAAACCAGAGACUUCUGAAACUCAACACUCUGAAUCAAGAACUACUCAAAUUCCAUAUUCAGAAACAAAGGGUUCUCAAUUAUCUACAGCUAAUUCACAAGUUUCUCAAACUGGAAGCUCCAAGUCUCUGAUUUUUGAAUCGGCAAUAUCAAAAGAUGAAAGUACUUUCGUUUCAGCCACUGUGAAAUCAAUUACCACCCCAGCUGUCACUCAAUAUCAAACUUCAUUGCCAAAUCCAGCAGUUUCAGUUUCUGAAGAAUCAGGCAAGAAACUGUCAAUCAUUGAAAGCCAAACUGAAAAUUCAGCAACUCAACAUAGUAUUUACUUUGAUAGUAUUGAAACACUGACCUUGUCAAACACUUUAGCAAACACUUUGGUCUCUGGUGCUAUGAAGAAUUCAGAAACAACUUCAGAAUUGACUACUUCUGAUAAAGCUAUUGGUUUUUCCACAACAACAGAAACUUCAAUUCCUGGUGCAACAAAUUCUGCCUUGAGUCCAUCUGUUGAUUCUGGUAAAAGUUCGAUGUUAGGAUGGUCUGGUGGAAUUGUCUCAACUGUUUCAACUUCAACAAGAUUAGAAGAUUCUACUGCCACCCUGAGUUCCAUAACUGCAGCUAAUCAAGAUUCAUUAAACCCUUCAACUGUCAGCAAAUACCCUCAUGGAUCUGAGACUAUUGAUAAUGGAUCAAAUGGUUCUUCACAUUCUAGUUCUGCCUUAGCAUCUACUAUUUCAGCUAGCCACAGUAUUAAAUUUAGUGCUCAUCAGACUACAUUAAGUCAGCUGUUGAUAUCAUCUUCAACCAAAACAGUUAUUGCUUCUACAUACGAUGGUUCUGGUUCGGUUAUCAAACUCCAUUCUUGGUUUUAUGGAUUGGUCACAAUAUUCUUUUUGUUUAUUUAA